AUGACAGCGCGCGAGCCCACGCGCAGCCGAGGGAAGGUGGAACUGGAUGCGAGAGAGUCAGAAGGAGACACACGCAAACGAUACCAAAGCACCGCGCAGGUAGACCCAGCUCCAUCGCGAGACAGGAGGAGGAGGUUAAACACAGAGAGAGAGAAAAAACGAGCGAGAGAGAUAACGGGGGAUUUGGGGGAAAGGGAGACGGAGGCAAAAGCGAAACCGAGGGGAGGUGGAGGGGCGAAAAGGGACGUAAUCCCUUCAAGGCAUCGCCAACAGUCAGCGGGAUUCCAAGAUGGCUGCUGUGGACGACGAGGUGGACGAUCGCUUCAAAGACAUCGACAUCGAGAGCAUCCUGUCCCGCGUGCAGCGACGACCUCUGACCUUCAGCCGCAGAAGACCGUCUUGAAAGCACCUGAGUUCGUCAAGAGACUCAGCGGCGAGGAGGCGGUCGAUGAAGGCGCAGACCUGACCUUGCAGUUCAAGGUCGUCGGAAUCCCGCCGCCGACCUUGCGCUGGUUCAAGGACGACGAAGAGGUGAGUGACCACCCCCGCCUGAGCGUGGACAAGAAGGAGGACGGAAGCCAUCUACUGACGCUGCACGCUGUCAACAAGGGAGACGAGGCCGCCUACAGGUGUCGCGCCGAGAACUCGGAGGGCUCGUCAUCCUGCUGCUUCUUCUUAUCGGUGAAAGCUAAACCAAAGAGCCCAAAGCGUGACGGGAAGUUGUCGCCCAAUAAAAGGACAGUUUCCUAUCCCACCAUGUUUUCUACCAUCGUCGAGAAAGUGGAAGAAGAAGAAAAAGCUGGACGGGAGACAGCACAAGCCCCGGAGUCUCCCUUGUCUCACUUCUACGACAGCCUGAGCCUCAAGAGCCGCAGCACCUGGCCCUCCUUCCUCGGCGACUGGGCUUUCGUCAGCGGCACGCACAAGGCGCGCGGAGGAUCAGUACAGACUCCAGAGGCUCGACCGGAAGUUACUGCAGCAGCGGAAGUGAAGCCGACUUCGGAGAAUGUGAGAAUGCUGAGAGCUGGCAGUCCGAUGACGUUUUCGCUGACCCACCAGAAAAAACAGGGCAAGACCUUGAACCUUCGACCCCGCGCGCUGUGUUUUGUCUCGAAGCCAGAAGAAUCGAACCUCAGCGACUCGGAACUGUACCGCAAAAUGUUGAUAGCGCACCGCAAGAAGCUGCGACACGUGGAUUUCAAGUACUGACCUCCGUCGCGACCAAUCAGAAGCCUGUUUCGAUCUCAUCCACACAAAAAACUUUAUCUUCGACCAGAUCCGAUGCCCAGACUAAACCUGAUUCCACACCACCAUCCAUCAGUCACAAACCUGAACAGAAGCUACUCCAGGAACGAAAAGCGGGAAGCACUCCUACUGUCACCAAGGGCACCACGCAGUCGAAGACGACAUUUGCUGGAAGUUCAACGGGAGAGCAUUCGCGUUUGAAAGGUUUGGCCUCGACGCUGGCCCCGCUGUACGUGACAAAAACAAGCAACGACAGUGCCACGAGGAUGGAGUUGGUCAAAGCAGCUGACCCGUCCAAGAAAACAGAUCGUUGUGACGUCCUUGGCGUUAACAGCCUUCCGACCGCUCCUCAUGAACUGGGAGAAAACAAAAUGGAGACAAGCAAAGGGGGAAAUGGAGGACUCGCUCCUCCGCUGCCAGAAAGGGAGGAACGCGAGCCUACGCCAAUUCCACCAGAAAUGCUGGUCAUACCCCAGAAGACCUCCAGCAGUCACGUGACUCCUUCUUGCCAAUGGACAGAGGAUGCGUUCUUGUGCGGAAGCGCAUUGCAAGCGCCUUCGGAAGCUAAGGACAGAAAAACGUCGAAAGUCGACCUAGACGUCGCUGCCAGUGUGUGGUGCCGGACGUGGCUGCUGAUAUGGCGUCUGAAGACUCGAUCAGCGACAACAGCAGCGAAGACCACGUGACCGGCGAAGGUCACGAAGAAUCUGUGACGGCGAGUCAGGCUGGGAACUUUAUGAAUGUCAUGGAGGGUCCCAGACGGCGUGCGCCACCGACAACACUACCCCUUGCCUCUAUCUUGCCCAGGCCCUACAGUCCCCCACAUCAUGCGCUUCACAUUGUCGUCCCCACCACCGCCAUCACCGCCACCAUCGCCACCGCCACUGAUGACGCCGCCACCGCCACUGCCGCCACCACCACCACCGCCACUGAUGACGCCGCCACCACCGUCAGCCCCACUGAGCACGGAUCCUCUGCCGCUGACUUCCAAAGCGGAGCGGACGUGAAGACGACCUUCGCUCAGCAACCCCUGCUGGCCGGUGUGCGGGUCAAGGCCGCGCAUCGCAACGCCCGGAGGCCACUUCCGGAGCAGCGAUCGUCGUGGCGCUUGGGCGAGAUGGUGCUGGGGCUGAGCGCACUGACUUUCUUGUCGUUGUACCUCGACAUCCCGCCCCACGUCUUUAUGCUCCUCGUUUUUGGAGUCUUUUCCGUGAUUUUGUAUACCCAGCGCCACCAGCUGUCUUGAGCGACGCCUCGCGCUACCCCACACCCCUACCCCCACCGACAAACAUGGCAGCGUCGUGGGUUAAGGAUAAGGAGAACGCCAAGGAAGGAAUCGUCAUCACAUGCAUGAGCUGUCCUUCCCGCUCACACGUCUUGAGGGGAACUCUGCUGACGUGGAUCAAGGGUCGCGCCAGAACCUUUAAAAAAGAGAGAGUGAGAGAAAGAAAAAUAAAAUUAAGACUCCUCAUUUUGUCGCCACAGCCAGCAGGAAUCAACCCUCUAUUGAAUCUCGUUCACAGCGUGUUAGGAAGAAGACACCAUAUGGCAGAGGACGAGUUGUUUGAAGUCGUGGCCAAAAGAAGCGGAUAAACUAAUGACAAGUUAUCGUCCGACUCACCAUUGAAAAGAGACUUCUCUCCACUUUCUGUCUGUUAAAAUGUAUAUGGGUAAGGGAGGGGUGGGUUUCGGGGAGAACUAAUCUUGAAAACAAACGUCUCAGAAAUUGAGCAGACAACUCUUUGCAACAGCAAAACUGCAUUUUCUUCCCUUCGACCGAAUCUGCCUUGUGGGGGAUGGCGGUGUGUUGAGGGAAAAAGGGGGAGCGGAUAGAAGAGGUAACUCGUGGACUUCGAAAGUGUGUCUGGAAGCGUUUUCAACAAAGAUCGAUUUCGAAUUCUUGCAAAAGAGUCAGUCCAGAAAACAGAGACGUUGUUUAGCCAGACUGGCAUUUCUCCUCUAUUGAUGUGGACAUUUUUUAUUGUUCCCCAAGAAACCUUUGCACCCUCUGUGGUCUGUUCCCCGAAGUAGUGUUCCUUUUCGACAGGCGAACUACUUUCCCUCUUUCUUCAUCGCCCCCUUCUGUUCUCUGUACCAACCUCGACAUUGUCCUCAUUCUUUUUCUCCAAGUCUUUCAAGAUUAAUUAAGAAGUUCCCGUCGUUGCCCUCCUCAAUUUUGCUGUCAUAAACAAGCAUAAAACAAAACACUCUUUAAAAAAUCUCCCUAUCUCCCCUAAAUUCUACUUCUACUUCAUUCCUGCUGCAGUAGUAUUCUGUUCAUAUACUAACCCCCAAAUUUAGCGGGGAACUGUUGAAUCUGGGCUUUGUUGUCUUGCCCAAAGCCGAAUUUAUCUUGCCGUUUCUUGUGACGAAGCGGUGGCACUGUUGAUUAUAGAACUCUUACAUGCUGUGAUUAUGGGUGGAUCUUUAGAUGUUGGCGUCAUUUCGCGGAAUUUUGGCACAACUGUCACCACGCAUGCAAAGUCUCCCCUGACCUGCUGUAUUCACCGUAUUCUUAUAAACAGACCUUGUGGUUACACGGUUGGCUGCGGCUUCUGGUUUGAAGAACUGCCAUUGGUUUUGAAUGACUGUUUAUAGGCAGACUGCACUCCGAUGCACAUCCUGUUGUUAGCGUUAGUCUGUUAGUGUUAGCGAGGACCCAGACGGUCUGGGCUGGGUUAUACGAGCAUUGUAGAAUCACCUACAAAUUUUUAUUACGGGAGAAAAAAACUGUGCGAAUGCUCACGAACCCCAGUCCUGGUCACAUUUUUUUCUGCAUUUAUUAUUAUUUUUUUUGCUUUAUUUUUUUUAUUCCUUUUUUCGUUCGUUCAUUCCUUUAUCAGUCUACCCUGAGGGGUACGUUUAAAACGUUAAACGUGUUUUGUAGUGUUACUGUUUUACCUAGUAGGGCAUUUCCAUUGCAUUUAACAUGAAAAUUAAAUAAUUGAUAUGUUUAUAACAUUAUUUUGUUAUGCAGAGUUAUCUGCUUUUUUCUGAGAGAGAGGUAUCGAGAUUUUUAUCGUUGCUGGGCGGCGCCUUGGCAACCUGCCCUCAGCACAUUCGUCAAUGGGUCGGCUGCUUGACGUCUUGCUUUCAAUGAAACUGCCUCCCCGGUCUGUCGCCUCGCUCCAUCUUUCCACACGCUGCCCGCUGGGUCGCUUCGCCCUACGGCAUCCUUCUGCCUGGAGCUGCUGCUGCGGCAGCCCCACCCUCCUCCUCUCUUCCCACCCCCGCAAAAGCAACUCACUGAUGCAGACAGCACUGAGAGGGAAGGCAGAGAAAAGGGAGCGCCAGCUUCAGGGCUUGAUUUCGAGAACGUUUUUGUCGUCCCUUCAAAUGUGCUCUGAUCGACUAAUCAAAUGAAUCGAUCUUUUGUCAUCGUCUUGACCCAGUCGCGCGUUUAUGCACACAUACAGACACAUGCAUGUACACAUACACACACAUGGACACACGUAUGUAAAAGCGCUCGCGUGCAUGCACCCACACACACACAGGGUAUCAAUUCGGUCGUCAACGGUAGGCCUUGACCUCUGGCCGAUGGUAACGAUCUCAUAAUGAAUAAAUUUAGAAAGACACUGCUCAGAAUUAAUCUUUCAGUCGAUAAGGACUGUUUCUCAUUAUGACGACAUUGAACUCUCCCUCUCGUCCCACCCCACAACUCACCACCCAUUUUGAAAAAAAAAAACCGUUACUAACGGGUUUUGUCCUAUCAUCAGAAAUCAGUUUUUGAAUACCUGGCUUCUUUUAGACGUUUGAAGGUGAGGUUUGAUGACAUGGUCUCUGUUAUCUAUUCACAGCAACGGUGGCUCGAUUUUUCUCUGGCUUAUAGUCUUUGUUUGUUUGUUUUUCGAGUUUCUUUUCGUUAGGGAUUAUACACAAGAUACAUACGAAUCCCACAUUGUUCUUGGAUUCUGGAAAUUCCCUUUCUUUCAUCGUUCUGUAUUCAGUUUCGUUUUGUUAGUCGCAGAUGUUGGGAAAUAUUGUCAGCCAUCGACCAAACAGAUAAUAAUAUUGAUAAUGCUCGGGAGAACACUUUAAGAGUUCCGUGGAUAUUGUUUAAUAAGAUUGUACAUGAUAAGUUGUGUGAAUAAUAUUUGCUCUGUGGAUAAUAAUGGAGAGCUCAGUGAAUAAUAAUGAUAGCGUUGUGUAUAAUAAUGUGAAGAGCUUUGUGAAUAAUAAGGAAGAGCUUUGUGAAUAAUAACCCUGCGCUUGUGAAUACUGAUGCACUUUGUUGAAACUGAUGCAAAACUGUAAUGUGUUGCCCACUCAUGUUUUGCCGUGUCCAGUAUGCAAUCUCUUUUACAUAUGCAGUUGCCAUCAUAGUGUCGGCAUGUAGGUGCACACGUGUUGAGGUGUUUGCAGUGUGAAUUGCCUUUCCUUUGUGUAGCGCGCACUGCAUCCUGGGCCACAAGCUCGCCGAAGACUUUGCUAUGAAAAUUCUCUGCUUGAACACAGGACAGAGCAGGUGCGCGAAGGACUUUCCUGGCGAAGCUUGGCGCAAGCUGUGGACAGAUUUCAGGCGCUUCUUCUUCGAGAGAGACGGUUGUUGUCUCCCCUUUUCGUAGACAUUUUGGCUUUAGAGAACCGACGAUGUUUCGAGGACAUUGUGAACAAAGCUUCCCCGACGGAUAAAUCAAAAAAGUGUGCACCGCCACCAAAAACGGAUGCUCAUACUUGGACUUGCAGCUCUUCGUGUACAGAGAAACUGGGUGAACUUAGUUUCACAGAGCGGAAUUAUCACUCCAGGUCGUAUCUAGGGCGAGAAGGUGUGAUGUCAUGCUUCUUAACUUCGCGAAUGAUCGACCAUCAGCUGAUUAAACAAAAAGUUAGUCGUCUGCAAA